AUGCGUUUACCUGAAUCAUCGGUGUUGCAGCAGCGGCAAGGAGAUGGCCCAUCAGCGGGAGGUGAUGAUGGUGGUGGAGGUGGAGAUGGUGCAAGCAGUACGAGUCUUGGGUCGAUAACUCCCACUUCAACGCCAACAUCUACAUCUACGUCUAGCCCCUCUGCUACCUCGAAUCCAGAGUCAAAGCACAGCUCAGCACCACCAACCGUAGGAAUAAUCGUCGGAGUCGUGGCUGGCGUCCUAGGCCUCCUCCUCCUCUUCUUCGCCCUCCGCCAAACCCGCCGAAAACACAAGAACCCAAAAUACAUCCCCAAACCCCUCAAGCAAGUCUGGCAGAAAUGGGAACCUCGGUCCUGGUCAUCCCACCGGCGUCUGCCCGACACAAACGAGCAUCUCGAGCCCAUAUCAACAAUCCAAUCAAGAGCUUCUGUCAAUACCGCUGGGCCUACGAGUACUAUACCUACAACAGCAGCCACAGCAGCAGGCGGCGUUGACCGCAAUACCUCAGUGCGCAGCGUGAUGACAUUGCCCGCCUAUAACCCAGCCCCGAACUCCAACGAGCAAGUCCUGGGCCGUGAAGGCGAGCGCGGUGGCAUUGACGUCGUGGUUGAGCAACCAGAAACCAUCGACGAGGAAGAAGCACAGCGUGAAGCCGAAAUGGAAGCUUUAUACCAAGUCCGCCUAGCGCGUCGCCGAGAAAACGAGGAACGCGAAGAGAGGAGACAACAACGACGCGAGGCGAGGGAGAGGGGCGAUACUGCUGCGCUAAGGGAGAUUCAAGCGAGAGCCCGCGCAGGGAACGCUGCGAGUGCGGGGAGGAGCUUGGAGGAGUUGAGGGCGGAGCAUGAGAGGGUUAAGAAAGAGCGCUCGCGGGCGGUGUCAUCGGUUUCCUACGCGGAUCUGGGUGUUGCGAGGCAUGAUGGCACGAGGCUGCGUGCUAGCAGUAUCGAGAGCGAGCGUGAGGGCUUGCUGGGCGAUGCGGCUAGUAUUGCAGCGAGCAGCCAUUAUCACCGCCGGGAGAGAUCCGCGAGUUCGGUUAUCAGUAUCGAUACGAAUAACUCUGAUUUCCCAUCUCCAGGAUUACCGCGCGCGAGAGCGGAAAGCCCUUUAACGAGAGCCAGUACGAGACAGAGCCAGAGUGAGGGCUUGGCGGGCAGUAGUCCCGAGAUGAUUGAGCAUGAGGAUGUGCCGCCGAAUAGUCCACCGGAGUAUGAGAAUAUUGCUCUAGAAACACCACAUUCCGAAGAAUAUGAAGGGCCGCCGCCGGGUUAUACUAGUCCGGUGGCAGAACAGGGAGAGGGGAGAGCGUUUUUUGAAAGUCGGAGUGGGAGUGGGAGUCGGAGUUCGAGGGGUGUAGGUGGGACACCUCAGCUACCCAGUUUGAGGUUAAGUAACUUGCCGAGCAUUCAAGUUGAUCCGUCAAGUCCAGUUGUAAGGAGUAUUGAUGAGGAAGGAGAACAUCAUCAAUAA